AUGGAUAUUACACAGAUAAUAGAUAUUACACAGCCAUUUCCUCUUAUUGAAGACAUAAUGGUGAAAGCAGGAGAUUGCACAUGGUUCUCGGCUUUUGAUAUAAAUUCAGCGUUUUGGUCAAUCCCAAUUAGGCAAAAAGAUAGAAAGAAAACAGCUUUUGUAACUCAAAACGGGCAUUGGCAAUGGACAUGUUUACCUUUUGGUUUAAAGAUUUCACCAGCAAUAUUUCAAAGAACUUUAGCAAAUAUAAUAAGAAAACACAAUUUAAAUGAUUUUUGUAUAAAUUAUAUAGAUGACAUCUUAAUUUUCUCAAAAUCAUUUAAACAACAUGUACAACAUAUAGAAUAUUUAUUGAGAACAAUGAAGGAAGAAGGGUUUCGAUUAAAAAUGGAGAAAUGCAACUUUGCAAAAAACUCCCUGAAAUACUUAGGACAUAUAAUUGAGAAAAAUUCAAUUACACCAUUAAAAGAUAAUCUUAAAGCUAUAAAGGAAUUUAAAGAACCUAAAAAUAAAAAAAAUAUUAGACAAUUUUUAGGAAAAAUUAAUUUUUACUACAAAUAUAUUGAAAAUGCAGCAAAACAGUUAGAACCAUUACAUAAUUUACUACGGAAAGAUGUAAAAUUUUGUUGGAAAGCAGAGUGUGAAAAAGCGUUCAUUGGUAUGAAAAAGUAUCUAUGUUCAAGUCCAAUUCUAUCAAUCUAUAGUCAAGAUAAAGAGGUUUUUAUUUACACCGAUGCCAGUGGAGAUGGGCUAGGUGCAAUUCUAAAACAACCACAAGAAAAUGGUAUACUUCACCCAGUUGCAUAUUUCUCAAAAAAAUUAAACUCAAGUCAAAGGAAGAUUCAAGAAAAGUGGUAG